CACACACACACAAAUACAAUGGAAUUUUUCAAAAGUUCAAAAGCGAUUUACUGAAAAGAGAGAGAGAGACUGGUGUAUCAGGUGUGGGUGGUGUGACGCAUACAGCACCUGUAGAGGGAGAGACAUACAGAGAGAGAGAGAGAGAGAGAGAGAGAGAGAGAGAGAGAGAGAGAGAGAGAGAGAGAGAGACCGUUAAGGAACCGACUCAGUGGCCGGAGUCACAGUAUUGAGCUCGCGCACUCCUCUUUCACUCCCAGGUGUAAACUCGCGCGCAGCUCUGCUCGGUAACUCGGUGCUGAUGGAGUUUAACGGGACUUUCUCUAUUUUAAACCGCACGUGCAUGCUCCUGUUUGUCGUGUGCAUCCUCCACCUGUCCGUGGUCAUCAUCUUCUACCUGAGGAACUUCAGGACCAUCUAUAUGCCGGUGGCGUCGCAGUACGUGACCAGCUCCGGUGUACCGGCCACAACAGAAGUGGGUAUGGAGAGUAUUGUGUACUGUCCCGAGACCCCUCCACAUUUAGUGGGUCCGCUUUAUGUGGACUUUUCUGAUCCGGUGAAGUUGGAUGAGUUGCUGGUGGACACUCAUCUGUCUCUGGGUGGUCGCUUCAGGCCGAGUGAGUGUGUGUCUCAGCAGAAGGUGGCUCUCAUCAUCCCGUUCAGAGACAGAGAAAAGCACCUCAAUUACUGGCUCUUCUACAUGCACCCCAUCCUGCAGAGGCAGCAGCUAGACUACGGCAUCUACGUCAUCGAGCAGCAUGGUGAUGAAAUGUUUAACCGAGCAAAGCUGCUGAAUGUGGGCUACAUGGAGGCUCUUAAAGAGUACAACUACAACUGUUUUGUCUUCAGUGAUGUCGAUCUGAUCCCCAUGGACGACAGAAACCUCUACAAGUGCUACAAGCAGCCGCGACACCUCUCUGUGGCCAUGGACAAGUUCGGCUUCAGGUUGCCAUAUGAUGAGUAUUUCGGCGGUGUUUCCUCACUGAGUAAAGAACAGUACCUGAAGAUAAACGGCUUCCCAAACAACUACUGGGGCUGGGGGGGUGAGGACGACGACAUCUACAACCGAUUGACAUUUCAGGAAAUGUUCAUUUCCCGACCGAACCAUGAGAUUGGCAUGUGUAAGAUGAUCCGUCAUGGAAGAGACAAGCUGAACCAACCUAAUCCUCACAGGUUCUCACGAAUAACCGAAACGAUCCAGACAAUGGAGAAGGACGGCAUCAACUCACUCAGCUACAGCGUAGUGAGCUGGGAGAAGAACAAACUGUACACCAAAAUCGUGGUGGACAUCGGAAAGCCUCCUCACUUAUAAACCCCAAACACCUUCACACUAUUCUGGCAACAUAAACUGUGAGUUCUUCAUGGAGAGUUCUCAGGGACAUGUCUAUGGAUUGCUGGAAAGCAUGAAGUUUACAUGCAAUUUCUUCAUUUUCAUAAAUUUUGACAACUGACUGGAUAAAACCUCUGGGAGAACUCUGAGGAGGAAGAGUUUUGGGAUAAAACACAGUGAGCAGGUGAAGGUCAAGAGCAGUAGGUGGGUGGAGGGAGAGAUCACAGCUGCAUCUCACUCCCACUGAUCUGACAGGAAAUACAGGCUGUGGUGUGUGUGUGUGUGUGUGUGUGUGUGUGUGUGUGUGUGUGUGUGUGUGUGUGUGUGUGUGUGUGUGUGUUUGUGUGUGUGUGUGUAUACAGGCAGUGUCAUGUUACCCACUAUUUAGGCCUGGAAGCUAAGAGGGCCAGCAGGAACAUCUAUUGUUCUGACACUGGACCAGAAUGAUCUGAAGUCAUUAUGAACUGAUCUCCACAUGGCCCUGUGUUAUAAGUGGCUUAGUGACAAAUUUAACACACCUGAACAAAUCAGCCUUUCAUACCUGGAUGCUGUACUUCAGUCAGAGAUGUCUCUAAAGAAGCCCAAGGAAUAAUCACUCCUUCUGUUUAAACAAUGUUGUACUGCAGAAUCUGUGACAGUGCAGUUGGCUGUUUAGUUGAUUUCCUCCUCCUCCUCAUCUUCAUCAUCAUCAUCAUCAUCAUCAUCAUCAUCAAUGUCAUUAACCUGCUGGACUUUGGAAUUUAUUUUAAAGUUAAAAGCUAAGGACGUUAUGAUGCUUGACUGUUUAACAUCACAUCUCUAGAACUCACCCUGAGCUCAUGACUUCCCACCUACUGGAGCUUUGAAGGUCCAGUGGAAGUUUGGAGCAUGUGGAAGAAGCAAUUUGUAUCUGGUGGAGUUUUAUUCUUCCUGGUCUGCAUGUGCGUAGUGUGUAUCAUCGGUCAGGUUCCACCUUUAGGUGGGCGUGGCCUGUCUGACUUCCCAGUAAGAGAUGGGAGUGGCUACGGUGAUGACGCGAGUUAUAUAAUGUGCUGCUUGCUAACGAAGGUGAUGAUGUUCUGUAAUACGCAGUGCAGAUGAAGAGAUGGAGACGGAGUCUAGUGUGUAAUCAUGUAAUAAAUUAACACUGAGCUCAGACUUAACCUUUACAAAAGCUUUAAUCAGAUGACUGGAUUCUUGUCAUUAAAGGAAUCAGCAGCUGCCGUCUUUGGCGAUUAAGAUGUUGGCUUUAGUUUUCCUGCAGUGAAGAAAGACAGAUGUGUUACUAAUUUAACAUUGUGUUGUGUGUCACACUUACUGAGGGGAUUGCUAACAGGAAGUGAACAUUAGCAUUUGUAUUAGCAUAAUAAAUCUGUGUUUACUUCAGAACUGAACUCAACAUGACUUUUAAUUUCAAACAUGAGCAGGUUUAUGAGCAGGUUGAGGACAGGAAACAGGAAGUGUGUGUACAGCAUGAAGGAGCAGCGACUAAUAAUCAUCAGUCAUUUUACAAAACAUUCAGACUUUCUGACUCUGUAACUUCCUCGUUAUCAACAUCAAACCACAGAUGUUCAAUAUGUCCUGCGGUGAUAUUUACACACAAUCUACACCCCUACGUGCCUUUUAAUUAAUGUUUAUUAUUUAUAUCACCUGAUUUACAUUGACUCCGCCCCUAAUUCUGAGCAUUUACAUACAAACACACACGAAGUGCAUCAACACAUGACACACAGACACAUGUUCUGCUCAUGUGCAAAACACAGCACAUGAAGUCUGUAAAGUCUGGUAGAAAAUCUGUAGGGUUUUUAUGGGUGUGGCCAGUGGUGUGUGUGUGCGUGUGUGUGUGUGUGUGUGUGUGUGUGUGUGCUAAACUUCUAAUAAAGCUGAAGCUUAAUCAAUUUAUUGGUCAUUCACAUUAUUCAAAUUAAAUCUGUGUGUGUGUGUGUGUGUGUGUGUGUGUUAGAGAGAGAGUGUG